UGCAAUAGGUACUGGAUCUCCAGACUUUCUUUCGACGGCUUCAGCAGCGUCGUCCUCUACUUCGGAUAUUUGUAAGCCAGAGAGGCCCUCUCCGCUCGUCUCGCUACGGCAAGAACCUCGACGCUAAUCCGACUUUUCGUCCGCGUUGCAGGUUCCUCUUUGCAACAAUGAAUUUCCUCAUGCUCGGGAGCGUGGGCUUCUUGGCUUCUUACUUCGUAGUGCACAGGCUGUACAGUUCGAUCAGAGUGGAAUGAACGAAGAUUUCAUGUGGUAGCUGCCUUGUUAGCGGAGGAGCCUAUUUUGCUUCCGAGGUUGCCCACGUCAUCAAGAGGGUCGAGGUUCACACUUGCGGGGGGGAUGCUCAUAUUCAACUGCAUACCUGCUGGACCGCAGACCUUUUCUGGCAUCGCCCAUGUACUGCUGAACACUUGAAAAUACCGGGACACUACCACGAUGCCUUUUUCUGCCGCCAGAAUCCCCAUUCAACCCUUCACGAUCUCCCACUCGGAGCAAGAGAUCGAUGACCUCAAAACCCUCCUACGUCUCUCCCCACUCGCGAUCGACACUUACGAAAACAGGUCCGAACACGCUCACAAAUUCGGCCCCUCCAAAGAAUGGAUGCAAGAUAUGAAGUCUUCCUGGAUGGAGUUCGAUUGGACGGAAGCGCAAGCCAAAUUGAACGAGUACCCUCACUUCAUCGCGGAUGUUCAUGAUGUCGAUCCCAAGACGGGUGCGGAGGACACGUUCAAGGUUCAUUUCGUAGGGAUCGAGCAUGAGGAUCCGAAUGCAGUUCCCGUGGUUAUCCUACAUGGCUGGCCGGGAAACUUCUAUGAGAUCUUGCCCAUGGUCCGUCACCUGCAAGCUGCCGGCAACCCGCCGAUGCAUAUUAUCAUCCCCAGCUUGAUCGGAUAUUCCUACUCCUCCCAAGCUCCCCUGGACCGGGAACUCGGAACAGAAGGCUGUGCACGGAUCAUGAACAGUCUGAUGAAAGGUCUAGGAUACGACAAGUAUGUCGUUCAGGGUGGGGACUUGGGAGCGUUUUUGGGAAGGUUUAUGGCUAUCCGAUUUGAUGAGUGCCAAGCCGUGCACUUCAACAUGGUACCCACCGGACCUCCCACCAUCUUGGACGCCGUCGCCGCUCCUAUAAUCCUCAGCGACUCUGACAAGAAGGGCAUCGAGCGGGGCAAGAAGUUUGGGCAGGAAGGUUCGGCCUAUUCCGCUGAGCAUCGAACUCGACCUGCUACGAUCGGAUAUGCGGUCGCCAGUAGCCCUAUCGCUCUUUUAGCUUGGGUCGGCGAGAAGUUCAUUCAGUGGACCGACAACACUCCUUCUACGGAACACAUUCUCACCUGGCUCUCCAUCUACUGGUUGACGAAAUCCUACCCCUCGUCGAUCUUUUACUACAGAGAUCCCUCGAUGAGAAUGUCAAUCUACAAUCGACCCGGAGCGAAUGCCAAGGAUCUGACAAAGGAACUGCAAGGGCUCUACGUGGAUAAGCCGAUGGGGUAUACCAAGUUCCCUUGUGAGCUCAUGCCCGUACCAGAGAGCUGGGCCAAGGGGACGGGCAACUUGGUACACUUUAACGAACACCAAGUCGGUGGCCACUUUGCAGCGACCGAGCAGCCGGAAGCUUUGUCCAAAGAUUUUGUCGACUUCCUGAACAUCGUCUGGCCUACCCAGGGUAAGACCGGGAUGGCUUCGGCUUUGUAGAGGAGACCCUGGCGAACCGUUUGUA